AUGUCAUCUAACAAACGUCAGAGUUUGUUUUGCUCGGUUAUGGAUGAAAUUUUUUUAUGAAAUGCCACGUAUUUUUUAGGGAAAAACUAGCGAAUUUAGGUGAAAAUGGGAAAUUCCGAGAGCGUAGAGGUACCCGGCGGAGGUACCGAGGGAUACCACAUUCUUAAGGUUCAACCAGACUCUCCCGGGGCCAAAGCAGGCCUGCAACCAUUUUUCGACUUUAUCAUCUCAAUAAAUGGUGUACGCCUGGACAAAGACGAUGGGCGACUAAAAGACAUUUUAAAGGCUGGAGUUGGCAAAUCCUUACCGGUUGCCCUCUACAGCUGGAAAACCCAAACUGUCCGUAGUGUGAUGGUCCAACCGAGUGACUCUUGGGGUGGACAAGGUUUAUUGGGGAUCAGUAUAAAGUUUUGCUCCUUCGAAACUACUAAGGACAAUGUGUGGCAUAUUUUGGAGGUGCAGCCAAAUUCUCCAGCAGAUUUAGCUGGUUUAAAGGCUUUUUCUGACUAUAUAGUCGGUUCCGACUCAAUUCUGCAUGAAAGUGAUGACUUGUACAAUCUCAUAGAAAACCACGAUGGAAACCCAUUGAAAUUGUAUGUGUAUAAUUGUGACAGUGAUAACUGUAGGGAGGUCACUAUCACUCCUAAUUCUCGAUGGGGUGGAGAAGGUUUAUUAGGUUGUGGUAUCGGCUACGGGUACCUACAUAGGAUACCUUUAAGUACCUUGCCACCACCAUCCACAGCAGAGACGCCCAAAGUACCAACAGUAACCAGCACUGUUACCACCCCAACGGUGCCAUCUACUGUAUCAACCGUGAGUGCCCCACAAGACAUUUCUCAUUUAGUGGAUAGCGCCGCUACUUUAAAACUAACCGAAGUGGUGGAACAAUCGACUCAACCCCAACCAAUGACAAUGCCAAAUGUACCACCCUCAGUGUCUUUACCGCAAUUAACAACCCCUCAACCCAAACCGGACGUAAUGCCUCAAUUGAGCGGUCCACCACCACCCUCCGCUCCUCCUACAGUCCAACCCAAUGUAACUUUACCGCAUUUCACCAUGCCCAAUAUACCGUUACAAACCAACGUGACUUUACCGCAAUUCCCCCUAAACCCGAUGGUUUCGCCUCCGGUGUCUCCAAAUUUCCAGCCUCAGUCGGUCCCACAGAUUCCCAUGUACAACCCCAAUAGUUUCCCCACAACGAAUCAGAUGGUGCCGCCGUAUCCAAAUGUGAGUUCUAUGCCGAGUAACGUGAUGAUCACUCAGCCGACUCAGUUGAUUUACGAUCCGACUAUUGCAGCACGGUCUGCGCAGCAGUUGUUGAGUGGAAAUACUCAGCAGGGCACUUAAGCCAGUUAUUUGGUAAUUUAUAAGAUGCCCGGGGCCAGUUUUAUUAACGUGGAUGCGUGGAAUAAACACUACUUGCUAAUAUAGCUAAUUAAUUUUACAUUCUGUACUUUUAUUGUUAUUUAAGUUUGUGAUAUUUAUAGGGAAAUACGUUUAUUUGUGCGACUGUACAUAAACAAUGCGUAUAUUUGUAAUAUAUUAGUGUCAGAGAUAA